CAGAGGAAAUGAAAGUGUGAAAUAUUAAAGUUGUGUAAGGCGUAGUUUCAAUCACUUUCUGUCUGCACAGCCAUCAUGAGGUCGCUCGUCUGUCUUCCUUUCUGCCUAGUGAUGUUUCUGUUCUGUCUCAUUGCAGAAACAAGUCAACAACCUUCAACCUGCUGUUUGCAGACGAGCAAAAAAAGAAUACCCAUGAACAGGGUGUUGAGUUAUACAGUCCAGGAAGCAGGUGUUUGCCAUAUCAGCGCAAUUGUCUUGUUCACUGUAAGACAGAAAAUUAGGUGUAUUGAUCCAGACUCGGAGUGGAUCAAAGAUCUUAUGAGAACGGUGGACCAGAAAAACGGACAAAACUAAAAUCCUAUUUGCCAAGCCAAAAUGCCAAAAGACAGAAGAAAAAUUACAGAAGAAAGAUACACAGACAGAAGAAUCUAAAUAAAUUUUAAUAACAUUUUUGUCAAUGUUUGUAAUACAUUGUUUGACAUGUCCCAACUGACAUAAACCUGAAUUGAUGUCAAAAUGACUUUUUUUUAUGCUGACAUCUCUUUUGUGAUAAAUGUAUUCUACUUCACAGAUUUUAUAAU